AUGGAUCAAAGUGAAAGUGAAAGUGAAAGCAAAAUGAGAUCCUUCGAGGUGAUUCUGAUUAUUAGUUUGGGCAUUUUCUGUCUGAUGCAAAAACUGGAGGCCCAUGGCAUGAUGUUGAGUCCUGUGGGAAGAUCUUCACGCUGGCGUUACGAUUCUUCGGCACCCACAAAUUACGAUGACAAUGGAUUGUAUUGCGGUGGCUUCUGGAAACAAACCCAAAACGGUGGUCGCUGCGGUCUGUGUGGCGAUGAUUGGAGCUUGGCUCAACCUCGUCCCAACGAGCUGGGCGGCAAAUAUGGCAGUGGAGUGAUUGUCAAGUCCUUCAAUGGCGUUAAAGAAGCUGAAAUAACCGUUAAGAUCACUGCCAAUCACUUGGGCUAUUUCCGAUUCCAUAUAUGCAAUCUGGAUGAAAACGGAAGUGAGUCGGAGGAGUGCUUCGAACAGCAUCUUUUGAACUUUGCUGAUGGCAGCCAGGAGUAUUACAUCAACACAACAACUGGUAACAUUGUGAUGACAGUACAACUGCCCACUGAUCUCAAUUGCAUCCACUGCGUUCUCCGCUGGACAUAUACGGCGGGCAACAAUUGGGGCGUCUGUGAGGACGGCACGGGGGCCAUGGGUUGCGGUGCCCAGGAAAACUUUGUCAACUGUGCCGAUAUCAGUGUACUCUCCUCGGCGAGGAGUAUUAUCCAGGAGGUGCCAGUGGAGGUGGUGGGAACAGUUUGA